AUGAAAAAUCAGUUUGAUUUUACUGGUCAAUUUUCAAAUGAUAAAAAGUAUUAUAUACUUGAUGAUAUAGAAGAUUUUAAAGAUCCAGAAACUGACAAAUACCUUGUUAAAGUAAAAGUUGCUGGUACAAAUAAUUUACAUACCUAUAUUUUGAUAAAGGGUUUUCUAGUUUAUUUUGAUAUAAAACUUAACGAAUUGGAUGAUGAUAUUUCAACAUCAUAUUUAAUGUUUAUAAUGGUUCGAACGCAUAUCAAAUUUAAAAAUUCAAAUGAAAAAGUUGCGUUUCCAUUGUCGGAAAUUAAUAAGGAUCAUUAUUUAUCAAUGUAUUGGGAUCUUGAAACUGUAAAGAAAACUCAGUUGUGCACCAUGGAUCACAAGAUGCGAAAAGUAUCAAAAGGUUUCAAAACUGAUAUUGUGUUCAUGGGGGUUUACGCAUUAUUUUGGGGUUCUGAAGUUAAACUGUUUCAUAUAAUAGCGAUUGUGUUAGUGAAUGAUGAAUUUCCAAUGAAAUAUGAAAAUCCAAAUGAGAAUCUGAUUGAUUUGAUUGAAGUGAAAACAAAAGCAGAUUUCUUAAUAACCAUGUUUCAAGUGUAUAAAAAUUUUAGUCUUGACAGAGAAAGUGGUUGGAAUACUUUAGAAUACGAUUAG